GUGAAGAGUUUUGUGCUAGUGAUGUGAAAUUUUAACAAAUAUUUGAAAAUAAUUAUUUUCAAAUGUGUUUUACAAAUUUUUUUAAAAAUUUAAAUAUAUUAAUUAAAGCCAAUGACGAAGGAAAAAUUGAAAGUUAUAAUAAUAAUUUUUAUCAGCUAUUGGAUAACCGCGGCAAAUUUUGAAUUGAAAUUUUUACCAAAAAAUGGAUAUAAAAAUUCAACUAAUGAAUCGUUAACAUUAGAUUCAGAAACGCAGUGUCCAUCGUCAAAUUUAAUUCGAACUCGUUAUAAAUGUAAAAAUUUAAAAAACGAAUGGAUAGAUUGCACAAGGACAAAUUGUUGUCCCGGUUAUUUAUUUAUUGGAGGAUUUUGUAUUCAAAAAGGACAAGAUCCUUGUACAUUGAAUUUUUGCGAGCAACGUUGCAGUUUUUUAUUUCAAAAAAUUAUUUGCACCUGCUGGUCCGGUUACAGGUUCAAUUCUGAGAGGCAAAAACGAGGGUUGAAGCCAGUGUGCGUCGACAUUGACGAAUGCGUCGAAAACAGUACAGAUUGCGAACAGCUUUGUAUUAAUGAACCAGGAGAUUUUUCCUGUGGUUGUAACGACGGUUUCAUUCUAAAUAAGGACAAUAAGACCUGCGAGAAGUUGAAGCAUUUUGAUCGAGAGAAACCGGAAAUAUCAGCAGCCAAUGAUGCUGCUACUGCUGCAGCAGCAACAGCCGCCGCUACUAAAUGUUACGCCAGCUGUGAUUCUCUCGUUCUUUUACAAAAUAAGGUGAAACAAUUGGAGGAGAGAAUUUUAACAUUGGAGACUGCAAUGAAACUUGCAAAUUUGUAUUUUUCUGGUCGAGUAGAUCCUCAGGAGGCAACAACGAAAUCAAAGGGUCAAAAUUCCGGAAGUGAUUUGAAAUUCGUUGCCGAAGGUUAUGCAACAGAAAAUGAAAAAACUUACUCUAUUCUUGAUAGUUUCGUUCAAACAAAUUCGGGUUACUGCAAAUGUCAACGGGGACCAAUUGGUCCUCCUGGACCUCCAGGAGCUAGAGGGCAAAAAGGUGAUGCUGGUGAAAAAGGAGCGAGAGGACAGAAAGCGACAGCUGGGAGUUUUGACUUUUUAUUGUUUUUGUUAGCCGACAUCAGACACGAUAUUGUCCUGUUACAGGAAAAAGUUUUCACUGGGGAAACACCUACACCAAAGUUGGAUUUACAAGGACUUUUACGAAAACUCAGACUCGGUAAAGAACGAAAUAAAAUUGAAAAGGAGGGAUCAUGGAGUUCAGCAAUUAAAGAUGUAAAUGAAGAAACAGAAGAUGAAGCUUCAGGAUGGGAUCAGUAUGAAGUUUAAUGAUUAUAGAUAUUUUCAAAAAAACAAAAAUCAAACUAAUUUAGUUAUUGUAACUCGAUAUAAGUAAAUUACUUUUGACAUAUUAAAUAUUAUAUAUUUAUAACAGUUAAAAAAAGUAUCAUUGAUUCAAGAAAAUCGUUUACUUGUCCGUCUUUGAUCCACUAAUUUUCUUAAUUCAAGAAAAUUUACUUAAAAUUUUCUUGGAUCAAGAAAAUUAAAUACGGGCAAAUAAAUAUAGAUUUUCUUGAUUCAAUACUAUUUUUUUCCACUGUAGAGACAUGGUUAAAAAAAUCUUAUUUUAAGGAAGAAAAUAAGUUUUACUUUAUUUAAGUUUCGAUGAA